AUGGAUCUUGUCAACCACCUAGAAGGGCGGCUUCUGUUUGCAGUUCCAAAGAAGGGCCGUCUCAAUGCCGCCACCCUGAACCUGCUCGAAGGUGCCGACAUACAAUUCCGCCGCGAAAAUCGUCUCGAUAUUGCCCUCGUCAAGAACCUCCCCAUUGCGCUGAUAUUUCUUCCCGCUGCCGACAUCCCAACUUUUGUCGGCCAGGGACGAGUCGACCUCGGUAUUACUGGCUGGGAUCAAGUAAAGGAGUAUGCUGCCGGCGUUAAAACCCACACGCCUGCCGCUGAUAAAGGCGCCGGUUGCGAGACGGUAAUGGACUUGGGUUUCGGCGCCUGCAAGCUCCAGGUACAGGUUGCCGAUAAGGGCAAAUACUCAUCGACCAAGGAUUUGAUCGGCCUCACCAUAGGUACCAGCUUCCCGAACCUGGCCGCGGAACACUUUGCCAGGAUCGAGGCUGGGCUUGACCCGGCGUCGGAUGAGCAGCCUCCUGCCCAGCCUUUACGCACCAACAUCAUUGAACUCAGCGGUAGUGUUGAGGCUGCUUGCGCUCUUGGUGUCGCUGAGGGCAUUGUCGAUCUCGUUGAAUCCGGAGAAACGAUGCGCGCCGCUGGUCUGAAAGCAAUCGAUACUGUGGUCGAGUCCAGUGCUAUCCUGAUCAAGUCAACAAAACCAUCCAACGCUGAGUUGGUCGAACUUAUUGCCUCGCGAAUUCGCGGUGUCAUUACAGCGCAAAAGUUUGUGCUGUGCCAGUACAACGUGGAACGCUCUAAGCUUGUUGAAGCGACCAAGAUCACUCCUGGGAAGCGUGCCGCCACCAUUACCCAGCUUGACGCUGACGGUUGGGUCGCUGUCAGCUCCAUGGUUGAGAAGAAGAAGAUCGCUCUCGUUAUGGAUGAAUUAACCCGCGUAGGGGCCCAGGAUAUUCUCGUUCUCGACAUCCAUAACACUCGGUAG